GUGAGCUUGUAUCCGUAUUUUUCGUUCAUUCCACAGUCAUGUUUGGCUAACAGUUGAGCUGAAAUCGUAUCCCAGAUACCGCAAAAAGGUAAAUGUAUAACGUAACUUGUUUCUCUGUUGCAACCGUGGUUACAGGGGCUGUGUCACGGCUGCGCUGUCUAAUUCAUUGCGUUAAUAUUCAGUGCCAGUAAUGCGUCUUUAUUCGCUAAGGAAAACUUACGUUUGCGACGAAUUUACUUGCAUGUAACUGACACAAUCACAGUUUCGUGUCAAACAAAAAUUUCUGCCAAAUCAUGAUAUCAAACUGCAAGUUACAAACAACAAAAAUGACCUUUGGACUAUACUGUUAGACUAAAGCGAGUUUUCCAAAACCGCAACGUUUUAAUCUUCUUCAAGUUUGUCAAUUCGUGCCUCCUUUUGCAUUUGCUGUGUUACUUGCUUUCUUUUAAUGUUUUAAGAGCUCAUUUUUAUGUUUCAUUCUCUUUAAUAUUCUGGUAUCUAUUUGCUCCGUACCUUGAGGCGGAUUGGGCGGUCUGAAAGCAAACGGCAAAGCGGAAAAGCGUGAUAGAUGAUACAUGGGAUCAGUUGCUUAUAUUACUCAGUCCUUGGUUCGGCUAACCCAUGAAACCAGUAAGCUUGACUCAGUUCUUCACUCGAAUGCUUUGAAACAUUGGUCGUUCAACGUGCAAAAAAGGCUUUAGGUCUGUUAACGUUGAAAUCUCACACAUGAGUGCUAUUCUAGGUUUCACUGUGGGUGGAAUUAUAAUUGCUUACGUAAGAAAAAAGAACUUUAAGCACUUUAUAAUUAGCGUCAAUAAAAGAUUUGUUGAAUCAGUAUGACCUGCCGAAUAUAAAAACCAAAAAGAUUAUAGCGGAUUCCAAAACUCUCGGCUGUACUUUCCUCCGAUGAGGCGAUUCCAGCGAUACCCGAAAUUCGCAGACCGUAAGAUUCUCCGUCAGAUUCACUGGUUUCUUUAAUUUGCUAAAAAGUAGUGCCCAAAGCUCAGAAUACCGGUACCUGUUCAAGAAAUUACAGAUAGUUAUUUUGGUGUUUUUUUAUUAUUAUUAUAUAUUGACAAUGCAAUUUUGCAGCUAAUCACAGCCAAGGGUAGUUUAACACCAAAGCCGACUUACCAUUUACUGCUGACUCUCGAUUCCUGUACUUGAAAUUUUCAGUAUCAAUAUUCAUCUUUUAUCAAUCGUAUGACAGGGGAACUUGAAUAAUAUAGUUGCAAUUAACCACUUUCGCAAUAGUCAUUCUAGGCUAUAAGACGAUCAAAAAGGGAUGAUAAAGAGGAGUUACUGAGGCCCAUCCAUCUUCCCUUGUUCACCUGAAUUCCCUUCCCCUUAUAAUUUCAAACUGUUUCAAACUCCUUUUAGGAAGUCUACCCAGUUUAACCAUAAGUAAGCCAAUAACAAUAUAGCCUAGGCUAGAUUUACUUUGCUAUCGAAGUAAAAUCCUUAGUUCCUGAUACAAAUAAGAUUGCCGGAUGAAUAAUGAUUUGCAGUACAUAAAUAUGACCAAAAAAUCACGGUAUCGAACUGUAUAUGCAAUGAUGUUCAGUGAUCAUAUCAUCAGUUAUGUUAAUUUUGCGGUCUAUGAAAUGGUGGGUUCGACGUAGCUUCCAAUACGGGAGAGAUCGAAACACAUUUUACCUACAGUGAGACCCGUUUAAAUCACAAACUCAACGGAUCGACGCUGGUUGGUUUCAACGUAAAAGAAGUGCCCCUAAAUGAAGGUUUACAUAAAGAAAAAGGAAUAAAAAUCGGCCACGAAUUGUUCCAAACAAUUCCUUAAAGUAUGCGUGGAAUGUUUUCUAUAUUUCUUAGUCUACGCCACACAAGAUAGUGUUUGCGCCGACACUAAGACCAUGUCGGAUAGAGCUUCUGUUCACAGACGAGCUGUAACGGAACAAAGCGGUGCCGAAGCGAUUUGAAAGUGGAUCAUCAUAUGUAGGAUAGGUUAACAACUUCCAAUAUUCUUGCCAGUUGUCGCAUCCAGCACGUAGCUCAAAGUUUGGUCGGUUUCAAGCUUUGAGCAAGAACUCCCACAACACGCAGGAAUAUGCAACAGGGUGUGCAAACGUACGCAACAUGUAACAUCCAACAAUGUUGGGAGUUGUUGGCCUUACAACUCUUUUUUGUAAAGUGGUUAUAAACUGGUGUUCAUACAGUACAUCGGAUAGCUUUUUACGUAAACAAGAAACGCUGUCGAUCCGUCGGAUAGUGCUAUCUACCUUUUCAACAACUGGGACCAGUUUUGUGAACAUAUGGCUUAAAUGAGGUUUACGACAUCGGACAGUGUUGUUGGAGUUUUUCUAAGGGAUGAGCCAAUGAUUUUGGCUCAAGAUCUGAGCUUUCGCUUUUGUUUCCGUUUGACUACAAUUAGCCAAGAAACCUCUUCUGUGAUUGGAAAUAAUAAAAACUGAGUAUAUGAUGUUAUGCAGCGGUGCCAAAGGCCUUCUAAAGAUCAUUAAUUAACGUACAGUGUGCAUUUUUUCUAAGUGGUUAAAUGUUUUGUUUUGACGUAAUAUUCCUGUCUCUAACGUCUUAACAGAAUGUAAGGAAUUUAAGAUAAAGAGAUCAUUUGUAGUCGUUUAACUACGCUAACACUCGGCUGUUUAUCUCUCUAGCCAAUUGCUGUUCUCUAAAUUGUCUUUAAACUUUACAGAAGAAUGUUAAAGAACAAAAGAAAAACUGAAAACAUAAAAAAAGAAAGAAAGAAAUGCGGAGAGAAAAAGAAACGAAAAACAUAUAACACAGUUUUGGGUUUGAGGAAGUGUUUUGCUUUGAGAAACCAAAGGAAUGUGCCUGACGCGAUCGUGGACUAAAAAUCUGAGUUGUCACCGGUCGAUGGCGAUGUUGUAAACAGGAUGACAAUUCGUUCCGCAUCCGCAUGAUGGAAUCUAUUGUUUGUGCUUAGGAGACCACAACUAAAAGACAGGCCAUGAAUACAAAUAACAAACUCUCAGGUUAAUGACUGCUUUCAUUUUUCUGGUUGCAAUAAAGCUAACGUGAGAUUGUCUCCGUAUUUUUCGUUUAUUCCACAGUCAUGUUUGGCUACCAGUUGGGCUGAAAUCGUAUCCCAGAUAACGCAAAAAGGUAAGUGUGUUACGUAGCUUGUUUCUCUGUUGCAACAGUGCUUAAAGGGGCUGUGUCACGGCUGCGCUGUCUAAUUCAUUGGGUUAAUAUUCAGUGCCAGAAAUGCAUCUUCUUUGCUAAGGAAAACUUAACGUCUGUGAAGAAUUAACUUGCGUGUAACCGACAAAAUCACAGUUUCGUGUCAAACAAAAAUUCCUCCCAAAUCAUGAUAUGAAACUGCAAGUUGCAAACAACAAAAAUGACUUUUGGAGAACUGUUAGACUAACAGCAAGUUUUCAAAAACCGCAACGUUUUAAUCUUCUUCAAAUUUGUCAAUUCGUGCCUCCUUUUGCAUUUGCUGUGUUACUUGCUUUCUUUUAAUGUUUUAAGUGGUCAUUUUUAUGUUUCAUUCUCUUUAAUAUUCUGGUAUCCAUUUGCUCCCGGCACCAUAAGGCGGAUUGGGGGGGUCUGAAAGCAAACGGCAAAGCGGAAAAGCGUGAUAGAUGAUACAUCGUGCAAAUCAGUUGCUUACUCAAGCCUUGGUUCGGCUAACCCAUGAAACCAGUAAGCUUGACUCAGUUCUUCUCUCUAAUACUUAAAAACAUUGGUCCUUCGUAGUGCAAAAGAGGCUUUAGGUCUGUUCUAGUUGAAAUCUGUUAUGAGUGCUAGUCUAGGUUUCAGUAGAUGGAAUUAUAAGUGAUUACGUAAGAGAAAGGAACUUUAAGCACUUUAGCUUCAAUAAAAGAUUUGUGGAAUCAGUAUGACCUGCCGAUAUACAAACCAAAAAGAUUAUAGCGGAUUCCAAAAUUCUCUGUACUUUCCUCCGAUGAGGCAAUUCCAGCGAUACCCGAAAUUCGCCGACCGUAAGAUUCUCAGAUUCACUGGUUUCUUUUAUUUGCUAAAAAGUAGUGCCCAAAGCUCAGAAUACCUAUUCAAGAAAUUAAAGAUAGUUAUUUUGGUGUGUUUUAUUGACAAAGCAGUUUUGCAGCUAAUCACAGCCAAGGGUCCACAGCCGACUUACCAAAUUACUGCUGACUCUCGACUCCGGAACUUGCAAUUUUCAGUAUCAAUAUUUAUCUUUUAUCGAUCGUAUGACACGGGAAGUUGAAUAAUAUACUUGCAUUUAAGCUCUUUAGCAGUAGUACUUCUAGGCUAUAAGGCGUUCAAAAAGAGAUGAUAAAGAGGAGUUACUGAGGCCCAUCCAUUUUCCCUUGUUCACCUGAAUUCCCUUCUCCUUAUAAUUUUCAAACCGUUUCAGGACGUUUCAAACUCCUUUUAGGAAGUCUACCCAGUUUAAGCAUAAGUAAGCCAAUAACACUAUAGCCUAGGCUAGAUUUACUUUGCUAUCGAAGUAAAAUGCUUAGUUCCUGAUACAAAUAAGAUUGCCGGAUGAAUAAUGAUUUGCAUUGGAUAAAUAUGACCAUAAAAAUCACGGUAUCGAACUGUAUAUGCAACGAUGUUCAGUGAUCAUAUCAUACGUUAUGUUAAUUUUGCGGUCUAUGAAAUGGUGGGUUCGACGUAGCUUCAAAUACGGGAGAGAUCGAGACACAUUUUACCUACAGUGAGACCCGUUUAAAGCACAAACUCAACGGAUCGACGCUGGUUGGUGUCGACGUAAAAAAAGUGCCCCUAAAUGAAGGUUUACAUUAAGAAAAAGGAAUCAAAAUCGGCCACAAAUUCUUCCAAACAAUUUUUUAAAGUAUGCUUGGAAUGUUUUCUAUAUUUCUUAGUCACUAAGACCAUGUCGGAUAGAGCUUCUGUUCACAGACGAGCUGUAACGGAGCAAAGCGGUGCCGCGGCGAUUUGAAAGUGGAUCAUCAUAUAUCGGAUAGGUUAACAACUCCCAAUAUUCUUGGCAGUUGUUGCGUCCAUUGCACGUAGCUAAAAGUUUGAUCGGCUUCAAACUUUGCGCAAGAACUCUCACAACACGCAAGAAUAUGCAACAGGGUGUGCAAACGCACGCAACAUGUAACAUCCAACAAUGUUGGGAGUUGUUGGCCUACAACUCUUUUGCGUAAAGUGAUUAUAAACUGGUGUUCAUACUACAUCGAAUAGCUUUGUACGUAAACAAGAAAAGCUGUCUAUCCGUCGGAUAGUGCUAUUACCUUUUCAACAACUGGGGCCAGUUUUGUGAACAUAUGGCUUAAAUGAGGUUUAAGACGUCGGACAGUGUUCUUGGAGUUUUUCUAAGGGAUGAGCCAAUGAUUUUGGCUCAAGAUCUGAACUCUCGGUUUUGUUUCCGUUUGACCACAAUUAGCCAAGAAAGCUCUUCUGUGAUUGGAAAUAAUAAAAACUGAGUAUGUGAUGUUAUGCAGUGGUGCCAAAGGCCUAAAGAUCAUCAAUUAACGUACACUGUGCAUUUUUUGGAAGUGAUUAAAUGUUUUGUUUUGACGUAAUAUUCCUGUCUCUAACGUCUUAACAGAAUGUAAGGAAGUUAAGAUAAAGUGAUCAUUUGUAGUCGUUUAACUACGCUAACACUCGGCUGUUUAUCUCUCUAGCCAAAUGCUGUUCUCUAAAUUGUCUUUAAACUUUACAGAAGAAUGUUAAAGAAGAAAAGAAAAACUGAAAACAUAAAAAAAGAAAGAAAGAAAUGCAGGGAGAAAAAGAAAAGAAAAACAUAUAAUACAACUUUGGGUUUCAGGCAGUGCUUUGCUUUGAGAAACCAAGGGAAUGUGCCUGACGCGAUCGUGGACUAAAAAUGUAAGUUGCCAUCGAUCGAUGGCGAAAUUGUAAACAGGAUGAAAAUUCGUUCAUCCGCAUGAUGGAAUAUAUUGUCUUUACUUAGGAGACCACAACUAAAAGACAGGCCAUGAAUACAAAUAACAAAAGAAUGCAGCUUUCUCUCAGCAGGUUAAUGAUUGGUUUCAUUUCCCUGGUUGCAGUGAAGCCAACGUGAGCUUGUAUCCGUAUUUUUCGUUCAUUCCACAGUCAUGUUUGGCUAACAGUUGAGCUGAAAUCGUAUCCAAGAUACCGCAAAAAGGUAAAUGUGUAGCGUAACUUGUUUCUCUGUUGCAACAGUGGUUAAAGGGACUGUGUCACGGCUGCGCUGUGUAAUUCAUUGCGUUAAUAUUCAGUGCCAGUAAUGCGUCUUUAUUCGCUAAGGAACUUAACGUUUGCGACGAAUUAACUUGCACUAACUUACACAAUCACAGUUUCGUGUCAAACAAACAUUUCUGCCAAAUCAUGACACGAAACUGCAAGUUACAAACAACAAAAAUGACCUUUGGAAUACUGUUAGACUAACACGGCAAGUUUUCAAAACCCCAGCAUUUUAAUCUUCUUCAAGUUUGUCAAUUCGUGCCUCCUUUUGCAUUUGCUGUGUUAUUCGCUUUCUUUUAAUGUUUUAAGUGGUCAUUUUUAUGUUUCAUUCUCUUUAAUAUUCUGGUAUCCAUUUACUCCCGGCACUGGCCAUAAGGCGGAUUGGGGGGUCUGAAAGCAAACGGCAAAGCGGAAAAGCGUGAUAGAUGAUACAUGCAAAUCAGUUGCUUACUCAAGCCUUGGUUCGGCUAACCCAUGAAACCAGUAAACUUGACUCAGUUCUUCACUCGAAUGCUUUGAAACAUUGGUCGUUCACCGUGCAAAAAAGGCUUCAGGUCUGUUGUUGUUGAAAUCUGUUGACAUAAGCUACACACAUGAGUGCUAUUCUAGGUUUCACUGUGGGUAGAAUUAUCUGAAUUGCUUACGUAAGAGCUUAGCUUUAAUACUAAGAUUUGUUGAAUCAGUAUGACCUGCCGAAUAUAAAAACCAAAAAGAUUAUAGGGGAUUCCAAAAUUCUCUGUACUUUCCUCCGAUGAGGCGAUUCCAGCGAUACCCGAAAUUCGCCGACCGUAAGAUUCAGAAGAUUCUCAGAUUCACCGGUUUCUUUAAUUUGCUGAAAAGUAGUGCCCAAAGCUCAGAAUACCUUUUCAAGAAAUUAAAGAUAGUAUCUUGGAGUGUUUUUUUUGACAUUGCAGUUUUGCAGCUAAUCACAGCCAAGGAGAGUGCCCACAAGGCGGAAGUCGUAUUAAGUUGAAUUGCUUUCUCAGAUUUCGCAUAGGUAUUUCCGAGUUUUUCCUAAGUUAAUCCUGGAAAUUAUGGGUUGACUUUAUUUUCAUAUUCAGCGUAUCACUGUGUAGCGUGCACGUAAAAUAAUGAAGACUGACACUGCUUUCUUCGAUUUCUCAUUUUUGCUGAUUUUCUGCUGCACACAUUCUUCAAAUUUCUGAAGGUAAACUAUCAACCACGAUCCUUUACUUAUCAACUUUUUUCAUUUCGGAAGAUAAGGGCAUCAUUCUGAAUCCACUACGUUUAGUCUUAGCGUGAAAUGGAUCCUUGUGCAUUUUUGAAAACAGCAAGGUGAAAGCAUCAACAAUUUAUUGUAAUGGACCCUAAAAAUAAUCGAUCCGGAUCGCGUGACUCGUACUCGGUAACCCCCCAGGCCUUCUCAAAUCCCUGUCUCAUUUUAAAAAUUACUAGACCAAGAUAGUGGUCAAAAAUGUCCUAGUAGUUUGACUUUCCAAUGCUUCUCCUGAGGAACAAAUGAAUCGAAUAGACCUUUUUACAGAUUACGGCGGCCAUAUUGAAUAAGUUAGACUUGAAAAGUAUUAUGGGGUGUCCAGGGGGCAUGAGAACAUACGAGCGCCUUUUUUUCUCUCCCAUUUUCCUUUUGUUCAGUUUCUCCUGUUUACUGUGUUUAUUUUGUUUGAAGAAACGUUUAAGUAAGGAUCAAUGAGGCUUCGACAUCAACUUCCGUCCUAGAUCGUGGAAGCGUUUUUGAAUAAAGUGAAUUCUGGUGAAAAGAAAUCUAAAAAUAAGCAAAACUUCUAAGCAACGCUCUCUGACGUUUGGUGAAUAUCAGCUGGCCGGGAGGAGGCGGGGGUGCUAGACUCCCAUAAAAUAGGGACGGGAAUGCUCGUCGGAAAAUUAGAAUUGAAGCGCUUAAGGAGACUGUACUUCAGCAAAGUAUGGUGGUGUUUGGCUUUUUUAUUUAGAUAUUUCUUUACCCACAGCCCUAAGAGAAUGAACACAUCUUGGCCUAACUGAUAUCUUUAUCUGAAAAAAUAUUGGCUUUUCGUCCUGGCCACCCUAGAUGAGAUCGAAAUUCACAAUUCCUACCCCUAAGCGAAACUACAAGCUUCUCCGUCACUUUUAUGCGUGGUCCCCCUUUGGGACGCUUCAAAAGAAAUGGGCUCCUGGUUUGUUACUCAACUUAGAAGUGCUUAGAUUUAUUUUCUUACAAAGCUUUCUGCACUGAAAACGUGCUCGACUGAACUCAAGAAAGCUAACUUUGCUGUUUCCGAUGUUAUGAUUCAAAAAACAAUGAUGCAUAGUUUUUCGGCUCGUGCUAGCUAUGCUGUGAAGUGUUUUCAGCAGCAACCGACGAUUUGAUAGAAAAACGCGACGAAAACGACUUCCCCAGGGUAUCCAUGAGGCUUACCCUUGUAUCACCUGGUGUAGUUGACUGUUCAUUAGCAGUGACUAAUAACAGUCCAGUGUGAUGUCCCCAGGGUACCCAUAGUGAGGCUUACCCCUGUAUCACCUGGUGCAGUUGCCUGUUCAUAAGCAGUGACUAAUAACAGUCCAGUGUGAUGUCCCCAGGGUACCCAUAGUGAGUCUUACCCUUGUAUCACCUGGUGCAGUUUACUGUUCAUUAGCAGUGACUAAUAGCGAGAUUCUGAUGCAGCUUCAGAAACCUACAAAAUCUGAUCUGAAAAAUUUCAUGAUAUAUACUUAAUACAACUAGGCUUAUUCAUGUACUCCUAUCAAAACCAUACUCUGCCUUUAAAAUUUCAUUGUAAAUUUACCUUACAAAGUCAAAUUCAUUCGUAUAUAACAAGAAACUCGUGUAAAUUUCGUCUGCCUUUCUGUCGUACUCGAACCAAGCAAUUUUCCGUUUUUUAUCAAGGACCUAAAUUUUACAACACCUUAAACACCAACAUCAUCAACGCUUCCUCACCUUUCUCCUUUAAAAGAGCACUUAAGGCAUUUAUUUGUAAUAAUUAUUAGUAUACUUCAACAAAAAUCUUGGGAAAAAGCCUUUUAAUAUUCAACAUUUGUACAUGUAAACUUCCGUAAUAUUGAUUAGUUUAAUUUUUCACCUGAUAUUAUACUGUACCCGUCGCCGUAAUUUUUAUGCCAUCUUCGAAAAAUUGUAAUUGAGGAGGCCUAAUUAACAUAAGCUCUAUAGUUUCUUUUAGGCCUCCUCGCCAUCUCUUCCUACAUUUUUUUUUUUCUUUUGGCAUCUUUAAGUAAUGUAAUUGUGUGGCAAAUAAAUAAAAAUACCUAAAAAAUACCUAAAAUACCUAAAAAAAAUACAAAAUCAUCCUGUUUCCCCACGGUACCCAUGGUGAGGCUUACCCUUGUAUUACCUAUAACAGUCCAGUGUGACGUCCCCAGGAUACCCAUAGUGAGUCUUACCCUUGUAUCACCUGGUGCAGUUUACUGUUCAUUAGCAGUGACUAAUAGCGAGCUUCUGAUGCAGCUUCAGAAACCUACAAAAUCAUCCUGUUUCCUUGAAGGUAUACGCGUCCCUUUUGUUUGCAAACAGAAAAUCAGUACUAAUCUUUAAAGGCUGAAGACAUCCCACGUAAUUGUAUUUAAAAAGAAGUCCGCACAAAGUUAUUUUAGGUGGAAUCCUUACUAAACACUCAAUUUUUGUUUAUCCUGCAACGCCUCGCUUUCAGGCACCAGUUCUUUCCCUCGUGUCCGCCAUUUGUGAAGACGGUGUAUUGAAUCACUUGAUCAUAAGUGAGGUUCAAAUUCCACACCCAACCCAAGCACAGGUCAAAUUCCCCACUCACUGAGGCUUAGCCUGCGAAUGGCAGACGUUUCUCCUAGCUUAUCGCCGCUGAGGGACGGUGAUGAACGGAAAGAAACGUCUGCCGUUCUCAGGCUAAGUGAGGCUGUACAAGACUCAGUAAUGGGUAGAUGGCCAAGGUUUGCCUUAGGGGGGGUGGGGGUUGAUGUUGAAGUUCCGAAAUGAUUGAAACAUAAAAUGCACAUUCCAAAUACCUGCAUGCAUAAUUUUUGGUCCAUAGCUGUAGCGUUCUUUUGUGUUUUUUCCCUCGGAUAACGACAGAUAAAUUCAGGAGAAAUAAGAGAUGUGAAAUCCUGGUAUCAAAGAAACGUUUAGCAACCUGAUCUGAAGAAGACAGCGAUCUUUACAGGUAUGUGUUCUAUAACACUUUCAGUCUUCUCAGAUUUGUAUUUUACUUUGGUGAAUUAACAUAUAAUUCAGUAUUCACAUUGCAGUUCAUGACAAAUAAAUCUCUUGUCAUCUUUCACACUACUUCAUCAACUGGGCAUUGCAAUGUUUAGGACUGUGUAUUUGCUUUGCAUUUGGUUUCUGUUUCAGGUAGUAUUUUUAAAAAAAUAUUGAUUUUGUUCACCAGCUCUUGAUGGGUCAUCUCAAUUUGCUAUCAUGCAAACAAGAAAGAGAAGGUUAAAAGUGGUUGCAGACUCAGCUGAAAAAGGUAAUUUAAUCACCCAGUUUAGGCUAAAAAUUUUGAAUAUAUGUCCCCCAGCCCUCUUAAUUGGUCACCACUCCAUUACAUAAUUCUUACUGAAUUAUAAUUUAUGCACUGUAUAUCCGCCAUGAAAUAUAUACCGCUGCAGUAGGACAAAUUCACUAUCAUAGCCUGGGACCAGACCCCUCAGUUGGGAAAGAAAAUAUGCAUACUAAUCAAGGCUGUGCUCUAAGGAAAAUUGAAGAGAGUCCAGUGCUCUGAGCCUGUAAAAUCCAGGGUGCCCAGCAUAUGAUUUGUAUGAAAAAACUGUGAUUUUCUAGUCGCCCAAGAACAAAAGUUAGGUGCCAGGGCUCUGCUAGAGCACACCCCUAUGGGGGAGAAUAAAUCCUGGAGUGAAGCAAGCAAAUUGAAUGGCUGGGAAAGGGGAAAAAGAGGUGGAGCCUUGCAGCCUGUAAUGCAGCCAAAUUAGAUUCUGCUAUCGUGCUCUGAUUGGUCAAAUGUCUAAGCAUUGACAGAUUCACAGUAUUGAUGUCAGAUUUCUCUUCACUUGGUUGCCAGUGGUGACAGUCUCCUUGCUUGUUCACCAGUUACACUUGGGAUAAUUUCUUCUACACCAUCUUUAUUUCACUUUGCUGAAGGUCACGCUGGUUGGUGAGAUAAGGAUAGCAGAACAUUUUUGUCUUUGAAAUAGACACCAGCCUAAUAUAUCAUUUAGCCAGGGCUAAAAACGAAGCACUUAUUACUAAAUUUAUAGUUUAAUCAAACAAUAAACUUGUAAUCCACAAAUCAGUCAAUUCAUUUGACUUUUGAGGGAAAGGGCAAGAGUGAUUUUAGAGAAAAAUAAUUUGCAAACAGUCCAAGAGUGAAACAAAUCUUAUAUGGCCUUAAAUUAAUAAUAGCCUAAUAUAUGCACCCCCAAAAAUAGCAAUCAUCUUCGAUAACAUUAAUCAUAAUGGCUCUUGAUCACAGUAGAUUAGGCCUGGAAAACAAAUUCUUGGAAAACAAAUCAGGCCAAAUUUUUUGUGUUCGACAUGUGUACUGUACAAAAUCUUGCCAACAAAUCUGGUGGCAUGUAAACCAGCCUUUUAUACUUUUUAUACAUCAAAUCUGAGGUAAACAGUACUAUGAGACACUGUUUUUAUCAUACAGACUGCAAAUAGAAUACAGGGAUGCAGGUUUCACAAUUUUGCAAGACAAAUUGCACUCAUUCAAUAUUCUGGAUGAUCGAAGAAAGUGUUUCCUUUGUACAACAAAUUAUAGAAUUGACCACAUUGUAAAAUGUUUUCAUAAAGAGAAUUCCAUAAUGUCAGGACUAAACUUUACACUGUACCUAUACUAAUUUGCCAUUUUCACAUCUCCUAUAAGUAAUACACCUUGUUUGCCCCCCAAAAUUUUGUAUAAGCAUUGUCUGUAAUUUCUCUUGGGACCAAAUCAAAUACGACCCAGAUGGAAUAAAAAACAAAGCUUAUGCAAAGGUUUCUUAAGGGCAAACAACGUGUAUUAUGGGAGAGGUGCAAAUGGCUAAUGUUGUGACUUUUGUUUAUUAAUUUUAAAACAAAGAUGAAUUUUAUCUUUAGGGUGAAAUUCUGAAAAAUAAAGAAUGUGUCCCCUGUAAACAAGAGCCUCCCUUUGAGUUCCUUUGGAUUGGUGUACGUUCCACCCUUUCGAACCCCAUAAAGAUUUAGCACCCAGGGCACCAAUUCAAUUACCGUUAUUGCUUAUCUAUAAAACUGACCUACUGGCAAAAGUGGUAUUGUGGUUUAAUGUGAUAACAGAUUUUAUGUAUAACAUUGACACCAUAUUAUGUGGGUUGAGUUUGUUGUUGGUUCUCCGGCCCUUGCUCUGAGAGGUUUUUUUUUCUGGAUACUUCUGUUUUCCCAACAAUUCUAAAUUCCAAUUCAACAUGGAAUGUAUGAGCACCUGCAAAGUGUUCAUGAGUAAACCGAUAACAUUUACAUUUACAGUCAAACCCCAUUAGUAAGGACACUGAGGGGUUCAUAGAAAUUAUUUGAUCUGUGUUAAUAUGGUGUCUGUUAUAUUUAUAGCAGUUAAUUUUAAAUUUUGAAAAAAUAUUAGAGCCAGGGACAAGUAAACUUUCUGCAAUAACAAGGUGUUCGUAUCACGGGGGUGUCCGUAAAGCAAGGUUUGACUGUAAUUACAUUAAUUUAUUAUUAUAGUCCUUAUUUACAAUUAGUUACUGUUUUUUUUUUUUGUACUAGGAUCCAAGAAAAUAAAAUCUUCACAGGAUUCAACAAACACAUCAGAGGAUACUGAUGGUAAUACAUCCCAGCUUACCACUGGUCUCCCAUCUUCUUCAAAGAAUGUUUCAAACAAUCCAAAGAACAAAAGAACCACAGUAAAAAGAAAGAAUAACAAGAAAGGAAAGAAAGAAAGAACAGCAACAAGGAACAUUGAGGACCCUCCUGAGCUUAACAAAGUUCUUCCAUCCUUGGCUGACAUUAAGGCAAUAACCAAACCAUCAAAAGAUGCUGAUCUGCCUGUUGAUGUUCUGUUACUUACCGUUACAAACUGUGAGUUCUUGGCUUGUUACAGUGAGCUAAAAAACCCCUAUAGAUGUUGGUUUGAUGAUCUUGGCUAUGUUUACUUUUCUGAUGUGGGUGAAAGUCAAGAGGAGUUGAAAGUUGCUUUAUUAAGAUGUUAUAGAAAUGGUAUUGGUCCUGGUGGUGCUCUUGUAUCUGUAAAGAAUGCUGCGUCUGUGCUAAGACCCAAAGCGGUUAUUUCUGUAGGCACAUGUAGUGGCCUGAACCCUGCAAAAUCCAAGUUAGGAGAUGUUGUUGUGUCUGCCAAAUUAGCAACAUAUGCAUCGAAAGUAGUGACCAACAAUCAAGAGCAGUCAACUGGCAUGAGAAGUCAUGUGAGCAAACGCUUUCUGAAUGUCAUUAAGAAUUGCACUGAUGGGUGGCAAGCACCUUUGAAGAACCCUGGAGCACAGCAAGUUCAAGUUUAUACUGAUACUGAGUUUCUGAGUGGACCAGAACAAGUUAGAGCUGAGUGGCGGCGGGAUCAACUUGCUGAAGCCAAUCCUCAGGCAAUGGCAAUAGAAAAUGAAGGAGAAGGUGAGUUCAGUUUGUAUGCAGCGUUAGCAAGUAUAUGUAGUCAGGACUCUUUUAAACUCUCUAGAUGUGUACGUUGCUUUUAAUUCAGUGUUUAUUUUAAGGCAUUGUUCAAACUGUUUGCUUGUUUGAUUUUAAUAAUAAUAUUUGCUGUAGAGAGGCCAUGGGUUCCAAAUUCCCUCUUAUUCUUAUCCCUCGAUUUCCCUAGCUGCCUUUUGUUUUCAGAUUAAUUUGCAUUUGCUUAGACUGCAAAUUAAACCCAUUGACAAAACAUACAUGUAGGUGUGAGGAAGGUGCCUGGUGAAACUGAAGGGAGCCCGAAGCAAACCUAGAAGGUAACCAUGACAACCCUGUGAGCAGCACCCUUCAGGCACCAUCACACUGAGACCUUCAGUGGAGAAAUGCUCAUAUACUUACCAAAAAACAUCCAAAGGGAAGGGAAGGCUGGGAGCAAAAACUGAGCUACAUGUAAAGCUACUGCAUGCGAAAGUAUCAUGAGCAAAAUGAUUGACUUCGGGAAAAGUACUGUAAAAUAUGCUAAAGCCCAAGACUGCCCCAUAUAGAAUUAGUAAUGGAGACUGCGAGGAUUGUCUCAUGUUUAGCCUCGCCUAAAUUACAUUUAGCCACAUUUAAACCCAUUGACAAUAGGUGGGUGUGGGGAAAGUGCGUGGUGAAAUGGAAGGGAGCCAUAAGUGAGCUUUGAAGGUAUGUAUUCAUGACAACCCUGGGAGUGGCGCCCACCCAAACCAGCUAGACCACAGAUGCUUGAAGGAAAAAACAGGGACCACAAACAGUGGAAUCACAGGACCUGGUUUCCCCAAGGGCGUUAAGCACCAACCCCAAACUUACUCGCAAUAAAAGCUGAAGAAAAGCAACUUACCACUGAAGAUGUAUAGAGGCCCUAAUACCUGCCUGAAACAUGUCGGCCAGUGAUUAAGGUGCAAGCUGUCCAUGACCGCAAUCCAAACGAACACAACUGGGAAGGACGCUGUAAAUAUUUCCACAGUUCACACCUUCCUCAUUUUUCAUCCAUCUUCCAACUCCAGUUAGCUUGUAAAUAUUUUGCAUUUCUAUGGAAAGUCUUACUUGCAAAAUAAUGUUGACUACUGGAUAUUGAUGUAGGACUGUCUUCAGCUCAACUGCCAUUUUCUUUGUUGUUCUAUAGGGGUGUUUACAGCAGCAUUUGACUGUCAAAUUGAGUGGUUAAUUGUGAAAGGGAUAACUGAUUACGCAGAUGGUUCUCAGUUGCCUUCAGAGAGUUGGUCUUCCUGUGCCAGUGUGAUGGCAGCAUCUCUUGUUGCACACAUUUUGAGUGAGCCCUGUGUUUUUCAUUCAUGGCCUCAUUACCAAAGUAAAUAUUUCUCAUAAUGUUAUGUUUUUUUUGGCGUGCUGUUUUACAGAAACUAGUGGUGUAUUAGAAUGUACUUCCUUGAUGCCCUAGUAAGCUCUGUGGCAUUAAGCUCGCUUGUCAUUUUAAACCAAAAAGAAAUUGAAGUACAGUCAUGAAAACGAACAAAAAAGUCUGGGAUUUUGUUGUGAAAUAGGGUUUAGAUUAGAAGAACCUUCUAAGGUUUAACAACCACCACCAAGUGUUCUUAGCUGAUGAGUCUGUUUCUUUUUUUCCAGCAGUCGUAUUGAGCCGACCACAUAGCUAUAUUUCCGUUUUUAAGCGCUAAAACUACACCAGUCUUGAUAUUAUGCAGUUUUAGUGAUGUUAUUAGUAGCAGUUAUUUCUAGUCGAUUUCUUGAAUGUAAGUGAGAGUAACUGAAAAAAAAGUUGUGGAUUUUGUUGUGAAAGAAGGUAUAGGUUAGAAGAACUUUUUUAGAUUAACAACCACCACCAAGUGUUCUCUGAUGAGUCUUUUUCUCGGAGAUGACAUCCGUUUUUGGAAUUCAUGUUCGAUUGCAAAAUCCUAAAUCCAGAUUUCAAAAUCUAAAUCUGGAUUUCCCAAUCAAACGCACCCUAAGUGUUAAAACUACACUUGCGUUGAUAUACACUUCUAGUGAGGUUAUAAGUAAGUGAGAGAUCUCUUUUUGUUGAAGAUAUAUCAGAGCAGAGCUCAACCAGCAGAUCAAAGGAACAGUUACCAAGUCCUUCAGGUACCAAUUUAUGGCUCCAAUCCACACGAAUCCAAAUAUUUUUUCAAACCACAUAUUUUUUUAUAUGAAUAGGCCACAGAUGACAGAGCGGAUUCACUGGUUUAGUGUUUAGGGAAGGCCGUUUUGUGAUAAAGAAAAUGUCCAGUUUCAGAAAUACCCAGAUUCGUGUGGACGGGGCCUUAAUGUUUAAUGCUACAUUGUACAUGUACAAUCCAACAUGUUACGAGUUUAAGAUACAUUUUUUGUUCAUUUUCCCUUCCUCUUGUUGUUUUUCUCUUGUUUCUUCCUCUUUUUUCUCUUGUUGUUGGUUAUAUUUUUUUGGUUUGUUUUUUCUUGUCAUGGUUUAUGUUUUUGGAUCUGUCAUAUAACGGGUGUCGUGUACAUUACCUAAUAAUUGGGCAGAAUUAUUUUGUACUUGGGGAGGGGCGCCCUUAUUUGAAGGCGAGUGCUAAUUCGAACGUUUACAGUACAUGUGUUCUAUUUAAUAAAAAAAAAAACCUUCUUCCCUCUCCUCUGUUAAGUUCUCUUGUCUAAUUAGCUACUAUUUGCACUCUGUUCCUUAGCUUAUGUUUACCCUUCCUUAGCCUGAGCAACGGAUUUACAGUACAAAACAACAACAACAACAACAACACUGAACAACACAGCUUCUAAAGCCAUGUGUAACGUCAAUGAACGUGUUAAAAUAAUCAUGACAUUUUGAUUUUUAAUUCUAAAUAAGAAGGGGAGGCCAGUAUAAUGUAAACUAACUGUAGUAUAAAAGUUUUGAAAUCUAUAAUUAUCUCAAAAAUUGAUCAACUCAGUCUCGCGACAGAAGGUUGUUUAAAAAACCGGUGGCGUAAGACUUGGUAAUAAACUUACUGCGCUUUUCACACACAUGAAGUUCAUAAGCCGCCUUCACAAUUGCGUUUUUCGCUGCCGUCAAUCAUAAUUACGAUCACAGGCAACGAACCUUGAAACACAGAAACACACAAAACCGAUCGAAAUCCACCAAUCACAAAUCACAAACCAUGACCUUUUGAGCCGUUAAAGUAAAUUUUUUUUCCUAAGAGGGCCGUUUAGAUGAUUGACGGCAGCGAAAAACGCAAUUGUCAGUUGGCUUUUGUACUUCACAAUUCGCAUGUUUGUGAAAAGCGCAGUAACGCAUGAAGAAUCUUGCUCCAGUGUUAACCUGAGAUCAGGCUCUGUUUUUAUUUCGCGCUUACAUGUAAAUGGCCUUAAUAGAAAAACUACCAUUGUCGGUACUACCACAAUACCUGUACAAUCAACUUCCUACUGCUCAAUGCGUUAGAGAGGAUUUAAGUUUAAAGAGAUUUACUUGUUUUAUAAACAGAUGCUGCAACUGCUUUUUUGGAGUGGAGUCAAAAUCAGCUUUGCUCAUUUUACAACGGUACCGGGAGCCAGUUAAUGAUUACCCCGUGGGACCGAGAUAAUACCAUGGACAUUGAUGAGGUGUAUGUACAGUUAACACUGCUAAGAGAUGACAGAAAACUUGGUGGAACAACAAAAGAAAGGCUUGAAGAUUACAGUGAGCUAUUCGCCAGCCAUGGUCAUCAUCUAAUUCCUAAGAGAAUUUUAGUGUAUGGGAGGCCAGGAAUAGGAAAGUCGACAUUGACAAAGAAACUCGCCGUUGACUGGUCACGAGCUAAUAAAGAAAUCCUAAAGAAGUUUGCUGUUGUACUUUUAAUCAAGCUCCGAGAUGCUUGCAAUACGCAAGACUUCUGUGCCAUGCUACAAAAGGCGGAGCUGUUGUCCGCAGGUGACCCUAUGGUGUUUAGCCAAUUGUAUGAUUACAUUCUUCGUAACCAACAGAAAGUCCUACUUAUUUUAGACGGCUGUGAUGAAUACAGCGCCGAAAAAUCAUCGCCAGUUCAUCAGAUUUGGAAAGGCAGUCAGUUGAGAGAUUGCACUCUUCUUGUGACGACCCGACCUUGGAAAAAAGAUGAGUUAAGACCAGGAAGUCAUGCUCAGUUUGAAAUUAAUGGGUUUGAUCGGUGGCAAGUUAAAACAUUUGCUCUUAAGUUUCUUAGGGACCAAACAGAAGUAAUAAUGAGGAUGAUGGGAUGAGGAUGAGGAGGAUGAGGAUGAGGAUGAGGAUGAGGAUGAGGAUGAUGAGGAUGAUGAUGAUGAUGAGGAUGAUGAUGAUGAGGAUGAUGAUGAGGAUGAUGAUGAUGAUGAUGAUGAUGAUGAUGAUGAUGAUGAUGAUGAUGAUGAUGAUGAUGAUGAUGAUGAUGAUGAUGAUGAUGAUGAUGAUGAUGAUGAUGAUGAUGAGGAUGAUGAUGAGGAUGAUGAUGAUGAUGAUGAUGAUGAUGAUGAUGAUGAGGAUGAUGAUGAUGAUGAUGAUGAUGAUGAUGAUGAUGAUGAUGAUGAUGAUGAUGAUGAUGAUGAUGAUGAUGAUGAUGAUGAUGAUGAUGAUGAUGAUGAUGAUGAUGAUGAUGAUGAUGAUGAUGAUGAUGAUGAUGAUGAUGAUGAUGAGGAUGAGGAUGAGGAUGAGGAUGAUGAUGAUGAUGAUGAUGAUGAUGAUGAGGAUGAUGAUGAUGAUGAUGAUGAUGAUGAUGAUGAUGAUGAUGAUGAUGAUGAUGAUGAUGAUGAUGAUGAUGAUGAUGAUGAUGAUGAUGAUGAUGAUGAUGAUGAUGAUGAUGAUGAUGAUGAUGAUGAUGAUGAUGAUGAUGAGGAUGAGGAUGAUGAUGAUGAUGAUGAUGAUGAUGAUGAUGAUGAUGAGUCCUUGGGACUUUUCAUUGAUCGGACAUCGAUGAUGAUGCCCACUGGACUGCUUACAUCAUUAAUAUCAGCACCAGAGUCCUCUCUUCAAGAGCCUGAUCACAAGUCACAGAAUCAUGAUGUUUGCAACUCUUUGCAGUUAACUGAGAAAACAUUUGACCAGACUCUGACACACUCUCUGUCAUAUUUGAGAGAGAUUGCAAUUGUGGGUAAAUUUGAGGGCUCAAAAAAUGAACUUGUCAUUUUACUGAAUAGUCUUCACCAUGUGCCUCGACUAUCUAAGCUCUGUUUACGUGAUGUUGGUAUGGGGAAUCAAGAUUGCCAGUUACUUGCCACUGCUUUAAAGUAUGUUGAUAAGUUACGCGACGUGAACUUAUCAGGUAACCCACUCGGUCACGGUAUAAGAGAGCUUGCCAAACAUCUUCACAGUGUACCUCAUCUGAAAUCUCUGUACCUGGAUAAUACACAGAUGGGUGAAGAGGAAGUCAUCGCUUUAGCACAUAGUUUGAUGAAUGUGACUCAGCUGAGUUCACUUAGCUUAUCAAAGAACCCACUCGGUCACGGAAUAAGUGAGCUUGCCGAACACCUGCACAAUGUACCUCAUCUGGAAAGCCUGUUCCUGCAUGAUACACAGAUGGGUGAAGAGGAAGUCACAGCUUUAGCCCACAGUUUAAAGAAUGUGACCCAGCUGAGUAAUCUUCAGUUAAAUAAGAACCCACUCGGUCACGGCGUAAGUGAGCUUGUCAAACACCUGCACAAUGCACCUCAUCUGAAACACCUGGACUUGGAUGAUACACAGAUGGGUGAAGAGGAAGUCACAGCUUUAGCCCAUGUACUCGUCUACGUACCAGAACUGAGGACUCUUUUGUUUGCCAAAAAUCCGCUGGGCCGCGGAGUGACUGAACUAAUCAAGUGUCUCAGAAGUGUCCCUCCGCGUUUCUUUCUCCAUCUCAGACAAGUUCAACUGACAAAGAAAGAAGCCACUGAGCUGUGUACUUUAGCAAAUGAAAAGGACAGCAGAUUGUACACAGAUUAUCAUGUAAGUUUCUCUUUUGUUAUUUACGUUGUUAAUGCUCGUAAUACCCAGGAACUUCCUGGUAGACGAAAACGAACCGUUCUUCAAAGGGACUGUGUCGCCAUUCUUAUCCAUACCAAAAAAGACACAUUUUUGUAAAAGAAAACUUGUCGAAUAGUGGUCCAGUCGUGACAACAAUUGCUGAUGUAUUUUGUCUGUCUUUAGAUGUCCUGCAGGGUGGAAAUAGAUUGCAAUAAUCAUACUCCGUUAAUAAUAUUACUACGUCAGUGGACAAAUAUGGAUUUCAAGAUCAAACUCAAGUUCUGUAAAAGACCACUAUAUCAGUCCACUAAAAUUAUAGUGAUUAGAGUCUGUGUUGGCUUAAACAGAUGGCCAGGUUGGAAGUGGAUUACACUUUGAAAGCUUUGACUUCUUUUUUUUUUAUUUCUUUACCAUUUCUUUAAAAAAAAUAAAUGCGGUUUAUUCUUGUUUAUAGAAUACUAUUGAAAUCUUGCUCUUGUAUUGUCACGGUUAAGUAUGUUCCUUGACGGUAAAUCUCGGGAAGACAUGUAGCGAUGCGUUGAAUAAAAAUGACGGUAAAUUAAACGGCGGGCAAUUUUUAUACCUGACGUUCGGUCGGGGGAAGAGCAGAGAGAGCAAUCAUUUGGCUGCGGUGCAAAUUUACACUGAAAAAUAUGCCAGAUCGAGCUGAGGUACAGGAUCGUUGAAAUCACUGGGGAAAACCUAUUUUAGAUAUGUUUUUUUUUUCUUUAGCCUUGUAGUUAACUCAACCUUGUAUUUACCAUAUGGAAAGUCAAGCUGCUAGUAAAGGAGCUAAAAACAGUUUUAAGAAUUACUCUAGAUUAUUACACUUUAUAUUUACGCUGAGAUCAUAAACAAUGGCGGGAAAUUUUUAUAAUUUUUUAACAGCGUCUUUUUAGUUUCCUACAAAGCAAUACGUUUGCUGAGGGAUUAGCUCAGCAAAGUAUCUCCUUACGAAAUGUCAAAAUUUAAAUAGCUAUUAGACAUUUCAUAACUCCCCGAAAUCAACAAUCUAUUAUUGUAUUUUCGAAGGAUUAUAAAUUUAGCUUCCUCCUGGAAUUUCCGUAAUAUUCCAGCUUGGCUGGGUACCCCCUGGAAAGAAUAUUUCCGUCAAAAAUGCUAAUUAUCCCUGCGAUAAGAAGAGAAAAAAAUCUUUUUAUUUAUGUUAAUACAGUGUCAAAUAAUCUGAAUUUUGUCUUGUGGAGGUCUUUCUUAGUUAAUUAUUAACGGCAGCCAUGGAGGCGGUACAACGACAAUCGUGUUACCUAAACUAUCGUACAAGCCAUGAAAAAAGCACUCAGCCGACCAAAUCAUCGAUGAAAACAAUAAUUUUGCUCUGAAACACUGAUUAACAGUAAAAAACCUGAUAGCUUGCUCAUCAAUCUUGGUCGGAGCCCUCGGAAAAAAGACUCGAAAGGCCACCCCUCACCCCCUCGGAAAUUGACCCUUUCUGGACCCCCACCCCCUCCCCUCUGAAUUUCCGUUGCCUUCCGUCAAGGGGGGGGGGGGGAUGGAUAUUUUCUGGAACUACACAAUUUUACUAGUAAAGCGAGGCACACGUUUGCUUAAGUUUCAACCAAUGUACUGUACUGUACCGUGUAUUUCAAGCGCACAUUUGGCAUGUUAUGGUUUGUUUUGCCUUAACUGGUGUUUUUUUAAUACUAGUUGGAAAAUCAGUAGAGCGCUUUACUGUAACAGCGAGAGGUCGCGGGUCUGAUUACCGUGACUGUACUAAUACUUAAAACAACUAAGCAGUGAAGGCACUGCCCUUCUCCUGCGUUGCUCCAAUGACGUAGAACUGUCGGUUCCGUCUCCAGUAGGAGACAUAAAAACUGUGUCCUCAGCUAGCACAGUGGGCCCUCGACAUAACGAAGGGCCAAGGGACUGGCAAAAUUUGUUCGCUAGAACGAGGUUUCGUUAUAUCGAGGUUCUUUUUCAUCCAUUUUGCUGUUACUGGGAUAAAGAAAAUCAUUCGUCAUACGGGGGACUUCGUUAUAUAGAGGUUCGUUAUAUCGAGGUUCCACUGUACUUCCAUGCAAAAUACAUCCACACUUUAAGUUAAGUAGGGUAAUGAAAUAAGGCGGACUGGCGAAGCUUUCGAUUCUUUCAUUGCAUUCGCUACUUUGCACGAAGAGCCUCUCUACUUUUUUUUACUAUUGGCAGCCUCUCAAUUCUUCCGCGGGGUGCGAGAAGAUCAGGACAAAACGUAACCUGCGAUCAGGCGAUCCUUCUUCCCUUUUGUUUUGGAGGCGAAAGGAAAAAGACUUUCCCCGAAAAAGAAAACGCCUGAUCGCAGGUUAGACUAAACGAGGAAUUUCACUGUUUACGUAGGUUCCCCUCCAGGAGGACGAUUACACGUGUGCGUUUCGUUAAAGUAAUGACUUUUUCAAUCACGCUGAAGUUAGUAGGAAGUAAGAGACACCACUGUUUUCGCUAAACAAUCAUGGAUACCAUUUUCACGAUCACUAACGAACUAACUUUACGUUAUUUUUAAUCCGUUACUGUUUGUCUUUUUUAUUAGAUCUGGAAUAACCCAACUUGCCUACUUACAGAGGAGGAACUACGAAAAAAGGGAGUCACAUUUGAUGAAGAGUGAAAAAGGGAACCCUGCUCACCACACCAAAAGCGCGAGGAGACCUGGACACUAAACGAACCUCGACCACCUGUGCGACAAUCACUUAGGUAUUCCCGUAUUUAAAAGAUCCCUUUGAUAUCCCUGUAAUUAAAAGAUCCCUUUGAUAUCCCUGUAAUUUAAGUAUCCUGGCAUUUCGGAUACCCCCUAAUAUCCCCGUAUUUUGGUGUCACCCUAAUCUAAGUGUCUCGCAUUGUGGUUGUUUCUCUGAAUUAAGUAUCCCGAUAUUUUGAACCUCUGCGCUCAAGUCCCUGGUGAUGUUGGUGAAAACUGCGAUUUUACCUUGGUCGUUUUACAACCACUAAGACCGGCUCUACAACGUGACUUGUUUGUAAUGUUUUCGUUAUUUCAGUGCGUUGCGACGUCCUUAAAAAUAGUGGAAUUGAAUUGUAGUUUUUAUUUCACAACGGUCGACCACCAGCUCACUAAUUGAUCUUCAAGACAAAGUUAGACUGGAAGCCGCGUUUUAAAAGGAACUGGCCACUGCGAUUGCCGGUGAUCACACAGACAAAAACCACCAGCCUUCAAAACUUGACUCUUAUACAUGCAACAUUUUCCGUGUGCAUGCAGUGUCUUUUUGUGUACAAAGUGAUUACAUAAGGCAACCUUUAAACAAUCACACGAGGCCAUUUUAUUUGCUGGAAUUCCUGUCCGAGGUACAAAAUACUGCGUGUAGCUUGAGCGGCAGGCAUGAUCCAUGCCGGCUCGGUGUUGGCACGGAUCACUCUUGCUACCCAGGGUACGCUGCGAAAAUUGGUGCCUUCGAAACAUUGACCCAAAUCCCAAGGGAUAUUAGUAUCCCGUUAGGGAUACCCGUAACUCUGACUUGAGAGACAUCACGAGGGAUUUGUAUACGGAGGUACCCAAAACACAGGGAUACCCAAAUUACGUUGGAGUUUUGUAUUUCUUAGCGUACACACUGCAUGCGAUGCGUAACUAUCAUGGGUAAAACCAGGGGCCCGUUUCUCGAAAGUCCCGGUAACUUAACGGGCCCGGAAUCAUAUUUUUGAAUCAAAGUCUCAAGAAAAGUAGGGUGUGUUCU